GGCCUUGGCGGGAGCGGGGGCUGGUGCACGACUUGGGCCUGCGCCGUCCCGGUCUCCGGACUUCUUCCGGAAGGUGCUGUCUUGAAUUAUCCAAAUCUUUGUCAUCUUCGUAUCCGGGCCGGCGAUGGAGAUGUCGGCGGAGAUGAUGAGGUCCAUGACGAGGAAGGCGUAUGGCAAGCUCCGCCAUGUGGAUCAUCACGAAUUUCGCCCAAUUGAUGGAGGCGCCGUGGAUGAUGGCAUGAAUCGCCUUCAAGUCCUCGUUGAAGAGCGAGGUAUGGCCGCUGUCCCGGGGGCGGAGAAUCCGGGUGAUGAUGUAGAGGAGGAGGCGCAUGUCCGGUGGGGCCGAGUGAAUCGUCGGUGCGCCGCUGUGGCGGAUGAGGUUGGUGAUCCCAAGCUCUCGGAUGACCACCGCCUCGUUUUUGAGGAUCCAAUCAUCGCCGCCAUACGUUGCGAUGUCGUCACCGCGGAUGGGCAGCCCUGCGACCCGAGCAAAGGUAGGCAAAUCAAUCUCUAUGUCGUAGAGAUUGAUGCUGCUGCGAAUGGUGUCCCCGUCACGGCGGAGAUUGGAGUAGAAAGCCCGGACGAAGGCGGGAUUGAAGCUCGAGCGGCUCUUGGAGACGAAUGGCCACAAACCCGACGCUUGGAGUUGGUUGUCGAGGUCGUGGUACCCUUUGUCUUGGGGAAACAACUCCGGGAGCACGCGAGGUGGAGAGAUCGGGCGCUUGGCAAA